AAUUCGGCAAGCUGCUGGCCAAAAUGAUCAUCCUUCAACCCCAAAUUUUUCCAAUUGUAUAAACUACUAUCUACUUACAGCAUUUUAAAGCCUCCCAAGAAUGGAAAUUGUACUGUACAUGAUGAUUCUCCAUUAAAACCAAUUAUAUCUAUGACAGAUUUGAAAGAUAUUUAUCAACCUAAAAAUUAUAACUUAGUUGAAAAUUUAAAAACUAAAUUAAACAAUAUCAUUGAAGAAAAAGAAUGGGAAUUCAAUGAUGUUGUUGAACAUGAUUAUACUAAACCGGAAAUUAUAGAUUGUUUAAUUUAUUAUUUAACAGGUUACCUAUCAAAACAACUGUUGAAGUACAUAAAUGAUUGUACAAUUUGUAAGUCAGCUUUUGCCACUCCACAGGUGUAUUCUCAGCAAUUGUCUGCAACACUGGUCAAUAUGAAAACCAAAGGUCGAUUAAUUCAUCCAAAUAUAUUUUUUUUCAAUUUUAUUCAGAAAAUUGAAAAAAGUUUUAUGAAACAUUGUUCAUCAACUCAUGUUUUUGAUCUUAUAAUUGAUGAUAUGAUUGAUGAAAAGUAUAUAACAAAUUUCCCUUGUGUCACUCAUGGAGAAAAUAUUAUUUCAUUUGCUGUUAUUUAUUACGUGAGAAUGAGAAUGAGGCAAUUCACUUACCAGGAAAAUAAAAAUAAAAAAACAGAUAACAGAAAUAAAAAAAAAGUUGCGAAGUUUUGUAAAACUUAA